UGACGAAGCUGCUGCCCUGUGCGUCCGCGCAUUUGACGGAGAUUUACUCCUAGAUUCCAUGUGCGGUGGAGAUAGUCGGUUCCAUCUCCCGCUAUUCUCGUCCAUGAUACGCGCCACAGCAUUAGAAGGCGUCCUCCACGUAGCAAAUGUUAGGAAUAGCGAUAGAAUAUGUGCAGUUUCCCUUUCCUUUGGUCCAGGUCAUGCUUUGUUCGGAAGCCAAGCUCAGCGGGAACUCGGGUUCAAUGAUCUUUAUGCGAGUCUUCCCACUAACGUACAGAAGUGGUGGAUCGAAACUUAUAGACCCACCAUCUCGAAAUGGCUUGAAGGAGUUUUUGACGGAAAGCGAUCAACAUCGUGGUUCGUUAGCCUGGUCGCUACCGAUCCUCCGUAUCAGCGCAGAGGCUUGGCGACUACUCUCAUACAGACAAUUUGGAAGCUGGCGUCCAAUGACGAUACUAUUCUUGGCCUCGUCGCUGAACCAGAAUUGACUACUGUUUACAAACCCAUGGGGUUCAAGAUAGUCGGCAGUAUUGAUCUCCCCGGGCGGAAAGACAUCCUUUCAGCCGUCUGUAUGACGAAGGAACGAGUUGCGUGCUCGGUUUGACAUGUGUCUACCCGGGGGAUCUUGGGGAUCAAGAGAUUUCCAUUGUUAGCGUGCCUCUGUAAUGGAAGAUUUGAGUCGUGCAAGUGCUAACAUACAUGCGCUGUGCAUCACGACUGAUGUGUU